AUGGACCCUCCUAUCAAGCCACAGAAGACCGUCGAUGGAUCGAAAUAUCCUACAGGUACAGGCCAACCCGUCCAUGUAGAUGCCUAUGGUCGUCCAAUCGUCGCGGCUGUGCCUAUUGUGCCCAAUGGUUAUCCUGCUGCUGCUAUCCAUACGCGUGUAGUGCCGAAUAAUGCAAAUAUCCGACGUGAUGCUCAGAAUAAUGCACUGUGCAAUAAAUGUUCAACCCCAUAUCCCCUUCCUGCUGGCUGUACGAGCUGGAGAUGCCGCAAUUGUGGAGAACUUAAUAAUGCCAGUACGUAUGGCUACGAAUGCAGCAUUUUGUGA